UCCUCUCCAGCCGGCCGCUGCGCUCCGCCGCGCGGAGUAGAAUGAACUGUAACAAAACAAGCCGAGCCUUUGUAUCUGCUUAAAGGGGCCGCGGCCACUUCCCUCGCGUCCCCCCUCGCCCCCGCCCCGCGCCGCAGCGUCUCCAGGGCUCCCGGCAACUAGCUUGGAAAGGGCUUCCCUCGCGCUGAGGAAGCGGCCAGCCGGCGCGGAGCAGGCGCGGCGCGUGUGGUGGAGAAAGCCGCGGAGCGGAGAGCGGGCCCGGGCGGCGUCGGAGUGGACUCUGGUCCCGGGAGCGCGAUCGGCGCCGGAACGCGGACCCGGAGGCACCGGAAUGCAAACAAAGCUCGCGGGCGCCCGUGCAGGGCUCUUGCCGGAGCCCGGAAAGUUUGUUUUAUGAUGGCUUGAGAGCGCGAGUGAGUCGGGCGAGGUGGCUCGAGUGGCUCGCUCCCGCGCUCCGAGAGAUGCUUCUCCCGUGAGCCCGCCGCGCCGUGGGCUCGUGCUUUGGGGGGCACCUGUCUCUUGUUUUGGCAGUGUUUUUUAUUUUAUUUUAUUUUAUUUUAGUUUUUCUUUUGAGGAGGGGCUUGUAACUCAUCAUGUCGAAAGUGAUCCAGAAGAAGAACCACUGGACGAGCCGCGUUCACGAGUGCACCGUGAAGCGGGGACCCCAGGGCGAGCUGGGGGUGACUGUGCUGGGGGGCGCGGAGCACGGGGAGUUUCCGUACGUGGGGGCGGUGGUGGCUGCCGAGGCAGCGGGGCUUCCCGGCGGUGGCGAGGGCCCGAAGCUGGCCGAAGGUGAGCUGCUGCUGGAGGUGCAGGGGGUCCGGGUGUCCGGCUUGCCCCGCUAUGACGUGCUGGGAGUCAUCGACAGCUGCAAGGAGGCCGUCACCUUCAGAGCCGUCAGACAAGGAGGAAGGCUCAACAAGGACCUGCGGCACUUCCUCAACCAAAGGUUCCAGAAGGGGUCUCCGGAUCAUGAGCUCCAGCAGACCAUAAGGGACAACCUCUACCGCCAUGCUGUGCCUUGCACAACCCGAUCUCCCAGAGAAGGAGAAGUGCCUGGCGUGGAUUACAGCUUUCUGACUGUGAAGGAGUUCUUGGACCUUGAGCAGAGCGGGACCCUGUUGGAAGUCGGCACCUAUGAAGGAAACUAUUAUGGGACACCCAAACCUCCCAGCCAGCCAGUCAGUGGGAAAGUGAUCACAACGGAUGCCUUGCACAGCCUUCAGUCUGGCUCCAAGCAGUCGACCCCUAAGCGAACAAAGUCCUACAAUGAUAUGCAAAAUGCUGGCGUAGUCCACACGGAGAAUGAGGAGGAGGAGGAUGUCCCUGAAAUGAACAGUAGCUUUACAGCCGACUCUGGAGACCAGGACGAGCACACUCUCCAAGAAGCAACACUCCCGCCUGUGAACAGUAGCAUCCUCGCUGCUCCCAUCACGGACCCUUCGCAGAAGUUCCCUCAGUACCUACCUCUUUCUGCAGAGGAUAAUUUAGGUCCUCUACCUGAGAACUGGGAGAUGGCCUAUACCGAAAAUGGAGAAGUCUAUUUUAUAGACCAUAACACAAAAACAACAUCAUGGUUAGACCCUCGGUGCCUGAACAAACAGCAGAAGCCUCUGGAAGAAUGUGAAGAUGAUGAAGGGGUACACACCGAGGAGCUGGACAGUGAACUAGAGCUGCCUGCUGGCUGGGAGAAGAUUGAAGACCCUGUCUACGGUGUCUACUAUGUAGACCACAUCAACAGGAAGACACAAUAUGAAAACCCAGUCCUAGAAGCCAAAAGGAAGAAACAGCUGGAACAGCAGCAGCAGCAGCAGCAGCAGCAGCAGCAGCCCUCUCAGCCGCCACAGCCAGAAGAAUGGACAGAAGAUCAUGCAUCUGUUGUGCCUCCCGUUGCUCCCUCCCAUCCCCCGAGCAAUCCGGAGCCAGCCAGGGAAGCUCCACUUCAGGGCAAACCUUUUUUUACAAGAAACCCCUCUGAGUUGAAAGGCAAGUUCAUCCACACGAAGCUACGGAAAAGCAGCCGUGGCUUUGGCUUCACAGUGGUCGGAGGGGACGAGCCCGAUGAGUUCCUGCAGAUCAAGAGCCUCGUCCUAGAUGGUCCUGCUGCGCUGGAUGGCAAGAUGGAGACAGGGGAUGUCAUUGUCAGUGUGAAUGACACCUGUGUUCUGGGACACACACAUGCCCAAGUUGUGAAAAUCUUCCAGUCCAUUCCCAUCGGUGCCAGUGUGGACCUCGAACUCUGCAGAGGUUACCCAUUGCCUUUUGACCCGGAUGACCCUAAUACAAGCUUAGUGACCUCGGUGGCCAUUUUGGACAAAGAACCAAUCAUUGUAAAUGGACAAGAGACCUAUGACUCACCAGCGAGCCACAGUAGUAAAACAGGCAAAGUCAGCAGCAUGAAGGAUGCCAGGCCAAGCAGCCCUGCUGACGUGGCUUCCAACAGUUCUCACGGCUACCCCAACGACACCGUCUCUUUGGCUUCCUCCAUAGCCACUCAGCCAGAGCUGAUCACGGUCCACAUAGUCAAAGGGCCAAUGGGCUUUGGCUUUACAAUCGCAGAUAGUCCUGGCGGGGGUGGCCAGAGAGUGAAACAGAUUGUUGACAGUCCACGCUGCAGAGGCCUCAAAGAAGGGGAUCUUAUCGUGGAGGUGAACAAGAAGAACGUGCAGGCCCUGACGCACAAUCAAGUCGUGGACAUGCUGAUUGAGUGUCCGAAGGGAAGUGAGGUCACCCUGUUGGUGCAGAGGGGAGGGCUACCAGUUCCCAAGAAGAGUCCAAAGUCGCAACCCCUGGAGAGGAAAGACAGCCAGAACAGCUCCCAGCACAGUGUAUCCAGCCACCGGAGCCUGCACACAGCAUCCCCGAGCCACAGCACACAGGUGCUCCCCGAGUACCCACCUGCAGACGCCCCUGUUCCAGAUCAUACCGACGGCUCUGGUCAGAAGAAACCAGAUCCUUUUAAAAUCUGGGCCCAGUCCAGGAGCAUGUAUGAAAACCGACCGAUGUCACCUUCGCCUGCAUCAGGAUUGAGCAAGGGUGAAAGAGACAGAGAAAUCAAUGCCACGAAUUUUGGAGAAUGUCAGAUUCCAGAUUACCAGGAACAGGACAUCUUCCUCUGGAGAAAAGAGACCGGAUUUGGCUUUAGGAUUCUGGGUGGAAAUGAGCCAGGGGAACCCAUUUAUAUCGGUCACAUCGUACCACUGGGUGCUGCUGACACGGACGGCCGCCUGAGGUCUGGAGAUGAAUUAAUCUGUGUGGAUGGGACACCAGUAAUUGGAAAAUCACACCAGCUUGUGGUCCAGCUUAUGCAACAAGCUGCCAAGCAAGGCCACGUCAAUCUCACAGUGAGGCGUAAAGUGGUGUUCGCUGUCCCCAAAGCAGAAAACGAGGUGCCCUCGCCAGCCUCAUCGCAUCACAGUAGCAACCAGCCCGCCUCUCUGACUGAAGAGAAGCGCACACCGCAGGGCAGCCAGAACUCGCUCAACACUGUGAGCUCUGGCAGUGGCAGCACCAGCGGCAUUGGCAGUGGUGGUGGCGGGGGCAGCGGCGUAGUGAGCGCCGCCGCCGUGCUGCAGCCUUAUGAUGUGGAGAUUCGGCGCGGGGAGAAUGAGGGUUUCGGGUUCGUCAUCGUGUCCUCCGUGAGCAGGCCUGAAGCGGGCACAACCUUUGCAGGCAAUGCAUGUGUGGCUAUGCCUCACAAAAUAGGUCGGAUUAUUGAGGGGAGCCCUGCUGACCGCUGUGGCAAGCUGAAAGUAGGAGACCGGAUCUUGGCAGUAAAUGGAUGUUCCAUCACCAACAAAUCCCAUUCUGACAUUGUCAACCUAAUCAAAGAAGCGGGCAACACAGUGACCCUCCGCAUCAUCCCCGGGGAUGAGUCCUCAAAUGCCACCCUGCUGACUAAUGCCGAGAAGAUUGCCACCAUCACCACCACUCAUGCCCCUUCUCAGCAGGGGACCCAGGAAACAAGGAACACCACCAAACCAAAGCAGGAUUCUCAGUUUGAGUUCAAAGGACCACAGGCUGCACAGGAGCAAGAUUUUUACACUGUGGAGCUGGAGAGAGGAGCCAAGGGAUUUGGCUUUAGUCUUCGAGGGGGUCGAGAGUAUAAUAUGGAUCUCUAUGUUCUGCGCUUAGCAGAGGAUGGUCCUGCAGAAAGAUGUGGAAAGAUGAGGAUUGGUGAUGAAAUUCUAGAGAUCAAUGGUGAGACCACCAAAAACAUGAAACAUUCUCGGGCCAUAGAACUGAUUAAGAAUGGUGGCCGCAGAGUUCGUCUGUUUCUGAGGCGGGGAGACGGCUCGGUCCCAGAAUAUGACCCCAGCUGCGACAGGAACGGCCCCUCCACCGGUGCACAAGGUGUUCCGGAAGUGAGGCCCGGGCCGCAGGACCGCAGACCGCAUCCAGCCUUGGAGUCCAGUUACCCACCCGAUCUUCACAAAUUAUCACAACAUGGGGAAAAACGGGCACAUGCGAAGGAUCCAAAAGGCAGCAGGGAGCACAGCAAACAACCCAAUGAACACCACACCUGGAAUGGAACUUCUAGAAAACCCGACAGUGGGGCAAGCAGACCCAAAGACCGGCCACCUGACGCAUGGAGAGAGGCGCAGCCAGAGCGGACAGCCACCAAUGGCCCCAAGAGGAGGUCUCCGGAGAAGCGCAGGGAAGGCACCCGCAGCGCCGACAACACCUUGGAAAGGAGGGAGAAGCAUGAGAAGAGGAGGGAAAUGUCUCCUGAGAAAAAGCGAGAGCGGUCACCCACCCGGAGAAGAGACAGCUCCCCAAGCCGCCGCCGGAGGUCCCUGGAAAGACUUCUGGAUCAGAGACGGUCCCCAGAGCGCAGAAGAGGGGCCUCGCCCGAGAGGAGAGCCAAGUCCACCGACAGGAGGAGAGCCAGAUCUCCUGAGCGCAGGCGAGAACGGUCACUGGACAAAAGGAACCGGGACGACAAGGUUGGCCACCGAGAAAGGGAGGAGGCUGGUAUGAAGCCGGAAGCAGGGAGAAGUCCCAGAAAUCCACAAGAGCAAAGAAGGCGGCCUUACAAAGAAUGUAGCACCGACCUCAGCAUCUGAGACUCUUGAGUAGCAUUGCAACCUUUACCGUGUCAAAGGUUCUAAGAGGAAGGUCACAAACAUGAAAUAUUUUAGUUUCUUACCUGAGAAAGCAUCUGACACCUGAUAGUCCUAUGAAUAGUAAUGGACAUUUUAUGCAUCUGAAAUCUUAUAAGAAAAAAAAUAUAUAUAUGAAAAGUCUUGUGCCUGAUGUAUAAUAUUAAAGAAAGUAUUUUUAAAUGCAUACUUUUUUUGAAAAUUAUUUGCCAAAACAAUAGCCCAAAGGGAUAUGCAUUUUGUUCCUUCACAAGCUAUAGAAUUGUUCUGUCUUUGGGGCAAGCUCUUUCUCUCUUAAAUGAAUGGGACUGUUGGUCAUGUCCUAUAAGUAAACGCAAUUCAAUUUAGCUCAGUAAAAACUGUUAAGAAGUGAUGUAGUGCUGUACUCUAAAGCCCUGUUUUUCUGAAAAGCAGACCGCAAAAAAAGCCAACUCCUGCUUGUUCAAACUGAGCAUCUUUCAGGAUGGAUUAGGGCAGACCAGUGAGCCUCAAACUCAGCAAACUGUUGACAAGAAUACUACUGCAAAUGAAGGAUAUUUAUGACUACGGUGCACAGCGCUAAGAAACUUUAUGAUCUUCAGUUAUAGUUGGUUGAAAGAAUGGUCUGUGCUCUCCCUGGCCCAGGACGGUGCAGAAAUAGCAAGGUUGGCUGCCACCAACCAAAUACAGCCUUAGCUCAGAUGGUCAGGUUCAACAGGCCCCACCACAGAACACAUCUCACUCACAGCAGUGCCCAUGGCAACCUGUCAGCCUCUAGGGACAGAGGAGCUCCUUCUGGGUUGACUGGUCCAGUAUGAAGCUGAGUAGAUGGAAUGUAGGACCUUGUGCCUCUGGAAUGAGGGAACCAUUUAAAUAUCUCCAACAAGGAUGCCCUCCCCACUAUUUAGCAUAAGCCUGUGGUAGAGGAAACUUCAUGGUAUUUAAAAGGCAUUGGGGCUGCAUGCUCCCAGAAUAGCUGUUUAUGCACUCUGAAACCAGAAACCAAGUCUUACGGAUCGGUUGAAGGGGAAGGAAGAAAAUGCUGACACCGGUGGUUCUUGGUCUGCCCUCAUGACCUUGUUCUUUAUGUUUGGAGACAGCGAAAUAAAAUGUAAUGGUUUUUUCUUUCUAAAACAGACCCAUUUUCUGAACCCUCAGGAGGUGUGGUUGGGUCAGCUGUA